AUUUACUAUCACAUCGCUUUCAUCUCAUCACUCCACACACAGAUUUCUUACCUCCCAAUCAAAUCUGGGAGUUCUCGUCUCCGAUUUCCGUUCCAGAAGCAAUCCAUCGCAUUGAUUUCCUUUGGAUCGAAGAGAAAAUGGAUCAGAUGAAUACUGAUCAGAGUCUGCAACAAGUGGGUGUGAAGAGGCCGAGAACUAAGAUCGUCUGCACUCUCGGACCGGCUUCCAGAUCCGUUCCCAUGGUCGAGAAGCUGUUGAAGGCAGGCAUGAACGUAGCUCGCUUCAAUUUCUCACAUGGAUCUUUUGAGUACCAUCAGGAAACCCUUGAUAAUCUCCGGACAGCCAUGGAUAACACCGGUAUCCUUUGUGCAGUCAUGCUCGACACCAAAGGUCCAGAGAUUAGAACUGGUUUUCUGAAAGAUGGCAAACCCAUCCAACUGAAGCAGGGCGUAGAAAUCACCAUCUCUACAGAUUACGACAUUAAAGGCGACGACAAGAUGAUUUGCAUGAGCUACAAAAAGUUGGCGCACGAUGUAAAACCAGGGAGCGUGAUCCUGUGUGCAGAUGGCACCAUUUCAUUCACUGUUCUUUCUUGUGACACUGAAAAGGGCUUGGUUCGUUGUCGUUGUGAGAACACCGCAGUUCUUGGUGAGCGAAAGAAUGUCAAUCUCCCGGGAGUGAUCGUCGACCUACCAACUUUGACGGAGAAAGACAAAGAAGAUAUACUGAAAUGGGGUGUUCCUAAUAAGAUCGACAUGAUUGCCCUGUCUUUCGUUCGCAAAGGUUCGGAUCUGAUUGAGGUUCGAAAGUUGUUGGGCGACCACGCAAAGAACAUCCUUCUUAUGUCAAAGGUUGAGAAUCAAGAAGGGGUUGCAAACUUUGAUGACAUCCUAGCCAACUCCGACGCGUUUAUGGUGGCGCGAGGUGACUUAGGAAUGGAGAUUCCUAUCGAAAAGAUUUUCUUGGCACAAAAGGUGAUGAUCUACAAGUGCAACCUACAAGGAAAACCCGUGGUCACCGCGACUCAGAUGUUGGAGUCGAUGAUCAAAUCUCCAAGGCCAACUCGAGCUGAAGCCACAGACGUUGCCAAUGCUGUUCUAGAUGGCACAGACUGUGUCAUGCUUAGUGGCGAAACGGCUGCUGGAGCUUACCCAGAAGUAGCGGUUCGAACCAUGGCCAAAAUUUGCAUUGAAGCAGAGAACACAAUUGAUUACGCGGAUGUUUUCAAGAGGAUCGCUGCAAACGCACCUGUACCCAUGAGCCCACUCGAAAGCCUGGCCUCUGCUGCGGUCCGAACCGCAAACUCAUCCAGAGCAACCCUUAUUUUGGUUCUAACCAGAGGAGGGAGCACCGCAAAACUGGUGGCUAAAUACAGGCCUGGCAUGCCAAUACUAUCGGUGGUGGUUCCUGAAAUCAAGACCGAUUCUUUCGACUGGUCUUGCAGCGAUGAAACUCCAGCUCGGCAUAGUCUUAUCUUUCGGGGUUUGGUUCCGGUUUUAUCUGGGGGAUCCGCUAGAGCUUCGCACGCAGAAUCGACCGAAGAAGCGCUGGAUUUUGCAUUGCAGCAUGCCAAAGGUAAAGGACUCUGCAAGGUGGGUGAUGCCGUUGUGGCUCUACACCGCGUCGGAGCCGCAUCCAUCAUCAAGAUCGUGAACGUCAAGUAACUCGUAUCAACCUGGUUCUUGUGUUCAUGUUCUUUCUCGAGCUUCGUUACAAUUCGUUCCCUGUACUUUUUGCCCGUUUGUCUGUCGGCAUGUAUCAUUUCAGUAAACUAUUAUCAAUGGUCGUACCAUCGAUAAACUGAAUUCCCCAUAAGUUAAUGUAUUCAACAUUACGUUACACCC